AUGAGGCAACGUAUAAUUAGCGGGACGUUAUCUGCCCUUGAGCGUGACAGCAGGGCGAGAUUCAUCGACAUCAGCGUCGGAAACUUGAACAGGCAGCUAGGAUGGAAACAAUUUCAAUACUCCAGUUUUCGUAUUUGGGGCAAGACCCAACCACUCCCACUGUCACUACAACCACCCCUACUGUCACCCCCACUGUCACUACAACCACCCCCACUGUCACUACAGCCACCCCCCACUGUCACCACUACCACCCGCACUGUCCCUACAGCAACCCCAUCUGUCACUACAACCACUCCCACUGUCACUACAGCCACUACCACUGUCAGUACAACCACAGCCACUGUCACUACAACCACUCCCACUGUCACCACAGCCACUACCACUGUCACUACAACCACUCCCACUGUCACUACAACCAUCCCCACUGUCACUACAGCCACUCCCACUGUCACUACAGCCACUCCCACUGUCACCACUACCGCUCCCACUGUCACUACAACCACUCCGACUGUCACUACAACCACUCCCACUGUCACUACAGCCACUCCCACUGUCACUACAACCACUCCCACUGUCUGUACAACCACCCCCACUGUCACUACAACCACUCCCACUGUCACUACAGCGACUCCCACUGUCACUACAGCCACCCCGUCUGUCACUACAACCACUCCCACUGUCACUACAGCCACUACCACUGUCAGUACAACCACCCCCACUGUCACUAGCGCCACUCCUACUGCCACUACAGCCACUCCUACAGUCACCACUACCGCUCCCACUGUCACUACAACCACUCCCACUGUCACUACAGCCACUCCCACUGUCACUACUACCACUGUCACUGUCACUACUACCACUCCCACUGUCACUACAGCCACUCCCACUGUCACUACAACCACUCCCACUGUCACUUGCUACCACUGCCACUGUCACUACCACCACAGCCACUACCACUGUCACUACAACCACUCCCACUGUCACUACUACCACUGCCACUACCACUGUCACUACAACCACUCCCACUGUCUCCACUACCACCGCCACUACCACCACAGCCACUACCACCUCUCCCACUGUCACCACUACCACUCCCACUCCACUCCCACUGUCAAUACUACCACUGCCACUGUCACUACCACCACAGCCACUGUGACCACUACCACUGCCACUACCACUGUCACUACCACCACUACCACUGUCACUACAGCCACUCCCACUGUCACUACAACCACUCCCACUGUCACCACUACCACUGCCGCUGUCGCUACAACCACCCCCACUGUCACUACAACCACUCCCACUGUCACCACAGUCACUCCCACUGUCACUACAACCACUCCCACUGUCACAAAAAACACUCCCACUGUCACUACAGCCACUCCCACUGUCACUACAACCACUCCCACUGUCUGUACAACCACCCCCACUGUCACUACAACCACUCCCACUGUCACUACAGCCACUCCCACUGUCACUACAGCCACCCCGUCUGUCACUACAACCACUGCCACUGUCACUACAGCCACUACCACUGUCAGUACAACCACCCCUACUGUCACUACAGCCACUCCCACUGUCACUACAGCCACUCCUACUGUCAUCACUACCGCUCCCAUUGUCACUACAACCACUCCCACUGUCACUACAGCCGCUCCCACUGUCACUACUACCACUGUCACUGUAACUACUACCACUCCCACUGUCACUACAGCCACUCCCACUGUCACUACAACCACUCCCACUGUCACUGCUACCACUGCCAUUGUCACUACAACCACAGCCACUACCACUGUCACUACAACCACCCCGUCUGUCACUACAACCACUCCCACUGUCACUACAGCCACUACCACUGUCAGUACAACCACCCCCACUGUCACUACAGCCACUCUCACUGUCACUACAGCCACUCCUACUGUCACCACUACCGCUCCCACUGUCACUACAACCACUCCCACUGUCACUACAGCCACUCCCACUGUCACUACUACCACUGUCACUGUCACUACUACCACUCCCACUGUCACUACAGCCACUCCCACUGUCACUACAACCACUCCCACUGUCACUGCUACCACUGCCACUGUCACUACCACCACAGCCACUACCACUGUCACUACAACCACUCCCACUGUCACUACUACCACUGCCACUACCACUGUCACUACAACCACUCCCACUGUCUCCACUACCACCGCCACUACCACCACAGCCACUACCACCUCUCCCACUGUCACCACUACCGCUCCCACUGUCACUACAACCACUCCCACUGUCACUACAGCCACUCCCACUGUCACUACUACCACUGUCACUGUCACUACUACCACUCCCACUGUCACUACAGCCACUCCCACUGUCACUACAACCACUCCCACUGUCACUGCUACCACUGCCACUGUCACUACCACCACAGCCACUACCACUGUCACUACAACCACUCCCACUGUCACUACUACCACUGCCACUACCACUGUCACUACAACCACUCCCACUGUCUCCACUACCACCGCCACUACCACCACAGCCACUACCACCUCUCCCACUGUCACCACUACCACUCCCAGUGUCACUACUACCACUAUUACUGUCACUACAGCCGCUCCCACUGUCACCACUACCACUACCACUCCCACUGUCACUACAACCACCCCCACUGUCACUACAGCCACUCCCACUGUCACUACUACCACUGCCACUGUCACUACCACCACAGCCACUCCACUCCCACUCCACUCCCACUGUCACUACAACCACUCCCACUGUCACAAAAAACACUCCCACUGUCACUACAGCCACUCCCACUGUCACUACAACCACUCCCACUGUCUGUACAACCACCCCCACUGUCACUACAACCACUCCCACUGUCACCACUACCACUGCCACUAUCGUUGUCACUACAACCACUCCCACUGUCACUACUACCACUGCCACUGUCACUACAACCACUCCCACUGUCACUACUACCACUGCCACUACCACUGUCGCUACAACCACUCCCACUGUCACCACUACCACCACCGCUACCACCACAGCCACUACCACUGUCACUACAACCACUCCCACUGUCACUACUUCCACUGCCACUACCACUGUCACUACAACUACUCCAACUGUCACCAUUACCACUGCCACUAUCACUACCACCACUGCCACUGUCACUUCAGCCACUCCCACUGUCACCGAUACCACCCCCACUGUCACUACCACCACUGCCACUGUCACUACAGCCACUCCCACUGUCACAACUACCACCCGCACUGCCACUACCACUGUCACUACAACCACUCCAACUGUCACCAUUACCACUGCCACUAUCACUACCACCACUGCCACUGUCACUACAGCCACUCCCACUGUCACCACUACCACCCCCACUGUCCCCCCACUGUCACCACUACCACUGCCACUGUCACUACUACCACUGCCACUGUCACUACAACCACUCCCACUGUCACUACUACCACUGCCACUGUCACUACAACCACUCCCACUGUCACCACUACCACUGCCACAGUCACUACCACCACUGCAACUGUCACUACAGCCAGUCCCACUGUCACUACUACCACUGUCACCACUGCCACUGUCACUACCACCACAGCCGCUACCACUGUCACUACCACCACUGUCACUGUCACUACCACCACAGCCACUCCCACUGUCACUACUACCGCUGUCACCACUGCAAAUUCCACCACAGCCACUACCACUGUCACUACCACCAAUGUCACUGUCACUACCACCACAGCCACUACCACUGUCACUACAGCCACUCCAACUGUCACUACAACCACUCCCACUGUCAUCACUACCACUGCCACUGUCACUACAACCACUCCCACUGUCACUACAGCCACUCCCACUGUCACUUCUACCACUGCCACUGUCACUACUACCACAGCCACUCCCACUGUCACUACCACCACUGUCACUGUCACUACCACUGUCACUACAGGCACUCCCACUGUCACUACUACCACAGCCACUCCCACUGUCACUACCACCACUGUCACUACAACCACUCCCACUGUCACUACCACAACUGUCACUGUCACUACAACCACUCCCACUGUCACUACCACCACUAUCAUUGUCACUACAACCACUCCCACUAUGAAUCUAUUUAUUGUCCUUGUAUUGUGUUUCGUGCCGAGAGUAGAAUCUCAAACCGAAGCCAUUUAUCACAGCUGCACAUACGAAUCUCGGUGCCCUGACAACGCCGGUUGUUCGCCUUAUAGUUGCCAAGGUUACGUGUGUCUGUGUCACAUGGGGUAUGUCGUGUCACCUGACCGACUGUCAUGCCUUAUAGCUGGUAACGUGAGUGACACGUGCGAUAGCACGGUGAAAUGUCUUGGCGGUGUGUAUGCCACGUGCAUCAGUGGACGAUGUGACUGCUUGUCAAUUGCAAGAGUGACAGAAAUGAACACUUGCGUCGCUUCGCGGAGCGCAAAGAUCGUCGGGGCCACGUGCACCCCGUCAGACACGUGCUCCACGCACGCCUCGUGCACAGCGGGCACCUGUCAGUGUGACGCGGGCUAUCGUCAAAGAACAAGUGAAGAGUACUGGGUGAACCCGGAGUCAAGAGAGGAAUGUGUGGAAUUGGACUAUUCGUUAGAUUCUUGCAAUGGAGUACAGUUAUCCACUAUCACAACGUCAACAACUACACCCACAACAACCACAACUACUACACCUUCGACGACAACAACUUCCACUACUACUGCUACAACAACCUCUAUUCCAACCACAACUACUUCACCGACGACAACACCUACAACGCCGACAGCAACUACAACUACUACUCCCACGACAACGGUUACAACCACUACAUCGCCAGAAACAACCACAAGCACAACUGCGACCACUACUUCAACUCUGACGAACCCAACCUCGACUUCUGAGACUACAUACACUACGUCUGAGUUGACAGUACGAGCCAAGUCAAUAAUGGACACCUGCACGGCGCACAGUGACUGUCCAGACAACGCCACCUGCCGGCCCAAUGGGUGUCAGGGGGUCACCUGUCUCUGUGACGUCGGAUACGUCCCCACACCGGAUCAAACAAUCUGUUUGAAAGCGGCCGCAAUCGACAGAGCCUGCGACGUCACCAUCAAGUGUCUCAGCCCCUUCGCCUACUGCAGUAACGGCGUCUGUGACUGCAUGAGCUUCUUCAGGAAAACGACGUUGAACACGUGCUCGCAGCUUGGGUCAAAGGUCAUAGGUGAAGAGUGCACAUCAGGUUUGGACGACUGUGGACUGUUCGCGGAAUGCCGAGACCGGAAGUGCGUGUGUAGAAGUGGUUUCCGGGAUAAAACGACUGAGGAAUUCUGGGCCGAUCCCGACAGUGUCAUUGAGUGUGUUCAAGAAACAUCGUCUCUUGACACGUGCAAUGGUAGCCCCCUUACUCUACCAGCUGGAUUGACAACAGUUCCUUUGACGACUACAAAACCAACGACUACAUCUCCAACAACGACGAAAACAACAAUCACGACUUCGACAACGUUAACAACAACUGCGACUACUGCACCAGUUUCAGUCAAGCCAAUAUUGGAUACAUGUACAACGUCAAGUGAAUGUCCAGACUACGCCACCUGUCGGCCAAACGGGUGUAGGGGAAACAACUGCCUCUGCAACGUUGGGUAUGCGCCUUCAAUAGAUCGCAGCAGAUGCUUGACAGCGUCCAACAUCAGCGAUGUCUGCGACGGCAACUCUAAGUGUCUCAGCCCCUUCGCCUACUGCAGUAACGGCAUCUGUGCCUGCAUGAGCUUCUUCAGAAAGACGACGUUGAACACGUGCUCGCAGCUAGGCACAAAGGCCAUCAGCGAGGGCUGUAGUCCGGGAAUAGACAACUGUGGACUGUUCGCGGAAUGCCGAGACAGGAAGUGCGCAUGUGAAAGUGGCUACCGGGUAAAGACGUCGGAGGAAUUCUGGGCCGAUCCUGACAGUGUCAUUGAAUGUGUGCAGCAGACGUUUUCACUUGGUUCAUGCAAUGAAAAAACAACUCCACUGACCACCACAACCCCGUCAACCACUUCUACCACAACUACUACAUCUACAACAAUGACCCCAACAACGACCACAUCAACGACCACAUCUACAACAACGACCACAUCAACAACGACCUCAUCAACGUCCACCUCUACAACAAUGACGCCAUCAACGACCACCGCUACAACAACGACGCCAUCAACAACCACAUCUACAACAACCCCAUCAACUACCUCUACAACAAUGACUCCAUCAACGCCCACCUCUACAACAACGACGCCAUCAACAACCACAUCUACAACAACCCGAUCAACUACCUCUACAACAACGACCCCAUCAACGUCUACCUCUACAACAACCACCCCAUCAACGACCAGCUCUACAACAACGACUCCAUCAACGUCUACUUCUACAACAACAACCCAAUCGACAUCCACCUCUACAACAACCACCCCAUCACCGACCAGCUCUACAACAAUGACUCAAUCAACAACCUCUACAACAACGACCCCAUCAACGACAUCUUCUACAACAAGGAACCCAUCAACGGCAAAAUCUGCAACAACCACCCCAUCAACUACCACUACAAAGACAACAACAAUAACAACUAUUAUACCAACCACUGUCACCACUCCGACUACUCUCACCACUCCAUCGUCUACCGCCACUUUGAUAACUACCACCAGUUCUACCACUACACUUCAAUCAACUCCCACAACUACCACCAGUUCUACGACUACUGCCGAAGCUACAACGACUGCUCUACCCACUACAUCAACGACGGCAACAGCAUCUUCAUCAGGAACGUCUGAAACAGAGGGGCCAUCUACGGAUGACAAGGAUGCGUCACCACUGGACACCGCCGUGACUGAUGACACCAAGCAGAAUACGCCCGUGAUGACGACAAAUGAUGAUGAUUCUUCUAAAGUGGCUUUGAUUGCCUCAGUCUGCGCUGCAGUGGUCAUCCUAAUCAUUGUAAUCGUCGUCAUCGUCGUCCUUUGUCGCAAACGUCACCGUUUCAAGCGUCGUUUGGAAGUGACCAAUGGUCCGACGGUCCUCAACACAUACUAUGACGGCCACCGCCGAUCUCGGACAGAUCCCACCUGGCCGCAUUACAAGGUGGAAACCUAACGCCCAAAUAUGGAGUCAGGAAGAGGUGCAAUGUGGCAUUCUGGAUCUCAGAUUAGGUUGCUAAUCUCGUGUCCUUUAUUUAGAUAUGUGUACAUAUACAGACAACUGAAAGAGGAUGGUUAAAUCACUACAACCAAUUUGCGAUGCAUCGAAGAAGGGGGCCAGUAGUAUCAGGUCUGCUUACUGUGAGUUGCGUCCCUUAGCAAUGUCUGCAAUGCUUGAGUUCGAAUUUCAGACGCUAAUGAUGUCAGCAACCUGGGUUAGUGGGUUCGCACGUGGUGUACGUAACAACGUCACGUUAAAAUGUUCAGCUGAUAUGCCGUGAUAUUACUGAAAGGCUGCACCUACCGUCAUUCCUUCCUACAGACACCGGUCUUCUAUCUGUCACCAGACGUAAAAUAGAUACUAGGAUUUUAUCACACGAAUACCUUCUAUCAGGCACUAGACGCCCCAUAGAUAUCGGGUUUCUAACAGACGCCAGAUCUUCUAUCAGACGCCAGACAUCCUUUAGAUGCCAGGAAGACCUUAUAUUACACACCAGGCGUCCUAGAGAUAUCGGAUUUCUAUCAGACGCCAGAUCUUCUAUCAGACGUCAGACAUCCUAGAGAUAUCGAGUUUCUAACAGACGCCAGAUCUUCUAUAAGACGCCAGACAUCCUUUAGAUACCAGGAAGACCUUCUAUUACACACCAGACGUCCUAGAGAUAUCGGAUUUCUAUCAGACGCCAGAUCUUCUAUCAGACACUAGAUAUCCUAGAGAUAUCGGGUUUCUAACAGACGCCAGAUCUUCUAUCAGACGCCAGACAUCCUUUAGAUACCAGGAAGACCUUCUAUUACACACCAGACGUCCUAUAGAUAUCGGGUUUCUAUCAGACGCCAGACCUUCUAUCAGACACUAGAUAUCCUUCAGAUACCAGGUUUCUAUCGGAAGGAAGACCUUCUAUUACACACCAGACGUCCUAGAGAUAUCAGGUUUCUAUCAGAAGGAAGACCUUCUAUAACACACCAGACGUCCUAUAGAUACCAGGUUUCUAUCGGAAGGAAGACCUUCUAUUACACACCAGACGUCCUAUAGAUAUCAGGUUUCUAUCAGAAGGAAGACCUUCUAUUACACACCAGACGUCCUAUAGAUAUCGGGUUUCUAUCAGACGGAAUACCUUCUAUCAGGCACUAGACGCCCCAUAGAUAUCGGGUUUCUAUCAGACGCCAGACCUUCUAUUACACACCAGACGUCCUAUAGAUACCGGGUUUCUAUCAGACGCCAGACCUGCAGUGUGUCAACAUCGACGUGGAAGAAUACAGACCGGGCUGCAGAUACUCUCCGGGUCUGCUCCAGCGUCUCGAAGCUACACAUAUAAUAAGUAGUGCCCAACUUACAGUGAGGAUACAGAGGUGGUGAUGUGUGAAACCACAACACACACGGAGAGUUUAUUAAAAGACAAAACUCAAUACACUGACGAUUUUUGUUUGUUCGUUUGUUUCGUAACGCCGCACUCAGCAAUAUUCCUGCUGUAUGGCGGC